AUGAAUGAAAGACUUUUUCGCCUACCAUUUGAAUCAAAUGAUGAUGAGCUUGGUCCGUGGGAUGUUUUGCUCAGUAAUGAUGCAAUUGCAGAUAUGAGAAAAUUAGAGCCCCUUGCAAUCAAAGCAGUUAUGGAGAAACUAAUGCAAAUGUCAAGCGGAAAAUGGAAUAAGUAUGGAUUGCAACAUACUGUACAAUCUUGCAUUGUACCUAUUUAUGAGGUGGAACUUCCAGAUUAUGGUGGCUUGAAGAUUCUCUGGCAGGUCGAUUAUGGAUUCUCUAUUCGUAAAAAUUCACUCAUGCAACAUGUGGCGAUUUGGACAGUCACUGUAAACCAAGAGCAAAUCAACGAAAUAUUAGAAAAUGUUUCAUUACUUCAUCAAGUCUACACUCCUGAACAUAAAUACCGGUGCACAUUGCAACAACAGAUUGGCAAAGGUAAUAUCAUUUUACCAUCCUUUGGAGAUGAAGAAGCAACAAGGUCUACCCAGAGCAGAUUGAGGUGGAACCAAACAGAUGAUGAAAAUUUGUUAAAGGUUCAUGAAAUGCUUGCCACAAAUAAAUUUGUACCAUUAUCAAAGAACUUAUUUAGGUCACUUGUCAGGGGUGGUACCGAUUUUACCUUUCAGGUAUCUAAGCUUGAGUAUGAAAUUAUUAACCAUCCUUCAUCAGCAAUUGUCAUUGGUCGUUCUGGAACUGGAAAAACCACAUGUAUUAUGUUCAGACUUCUUGGUUCAUAUCUGACUAGUCAACUCAAUGAGAUGCCAUCUUCAAAUGACAACAAUGCUAAUUCUCACAAAAGGCAAAUAUUCAUUACAUUGAGUGAAAACCUGUGCUGUAGAGUAAAAGAAUAUUUCAACAAACUGCAAGGGUCAGCAAAACUUACUAAUGAAAAAAUGUCUAUGGCUCAAUUUUAUGAGAGCGUAAAUAGAAAAGGUUGUAGUAAUAUUGAUGUGAAAAAUGUGACAAAACGGGGAAAGGGAAAUAUUGUGGAUUAUACUCCAAACUCAUUUCGUCAACUGACAAAAGGCCAUUUCCCAUUGAUAAUUACCUACAAAACAUUGAUUGAUAUGCUUCUGAAAACUUAUGACAUUAAUCUACCAAAUCCAACCAAAAAACCAAAUUUUGAUACAGAUGACAAUGCAUCAUGGAAACAUUUUGUAGACUACAGACUCUUUGCAAAAAAAUAUUGGUGUCAUUUCAAUGAUUAUUAUAGAAAGAACUUUGAUUCAGUAUUAGAAGCAGAAGUAUUAGAAGCAGAAGUAGCAGCAGGCGAAAUUGAAGUGGAAAUAGAUUUAGCAUUUUUCCAUUAUAAUGUUUCUCCAAGUGAUUUCAGAAAAAGAGCACCAGAAUUUGGUGCGUUUACUCAGUGUGAUGGUGACUUUCCUAUAGUUGUUACAGAGGAUAUAUACACUCCAUCAAUAAUUAUACCUGGUGAAAAUGUGGUAGAACAUGUUGUAUGGUAUAGCACUGUCGAAAUUGGACGAGAAACCGUCUCUGUCUUGAAUGUUACCUUACUUGAUGGUACACCAAUAUUUACAAACGAGGAAAAUUAUUGUGAAGGUGAUUCAAAACCCCCUAAUAUAGAUUGUCCAAUUCCGGCAGGACACCUUCACUUUACACUAGAAUAUGUGUUUCCUAGUAGUCCUACUCAACCUGUAAAUGAAACUAUCCAAUACCUCGUAAAAUCGACUCUUGUCAGUGAAGGCAGGACUUUAUUAUGUGUAGAAGGCACAUACACUGUAGCAUAUCCUUAA